GGAAGGGUUACCAUUGCCGUCUAAUUUGCGUCAAAGAAAGUUGUCAGUUUGACAGUUUAUUCAGAUUCAGCUUGUUGUUACUUGUUGAUGUACAGAUAGUUUGUUUUAUAAAUAAUUUUCUUGCAAUUAUAAGCAUUUGAAUCGUUUAUUUGAUAACAAUGAAGGUAGACGCAACACCACCCCCUGAUAAACCUAAAAUACCUUUACCGACUUUGUCACAAAUAAAUGCCGAUAGAAUAACACAGCUAGCCACACAGUACUGGUCACCGCAGAGUAAGGAAACCCACUUACCUUACGAUGCUUCUAUUGUGGAAUCUAUAUACCACACGGAAAUUCUUGGAUCCAAUUAUGCAGUACGACGCAUCAUGAUGUUGGAAUUCUCGCAGUACCUGGAAAACUACCUGUGGCCACAUUAUGACUCCAGUACAGCAACACAAGCCCACAUGAUGUCCAUAGUUGUUAUGAUAAAUGAAAAGUUUCGGGAGAGGGUGCCGGCUUGGCAGGCAUUUCUAAAGAAGCCAGAACAGUUCCCCGGGUUUUUUGAGCAAGUACUACGCGUCAGUGUCGCCGAGGACCACACGAGUAACAACAUGCGAGAACAAACCGCAUUGCUUCUGUUCCUGAACCAUUGUUUUGGCAGUAUGGAGGUGCAACUCUGCCGGGAUCAGGUCAAACGACUUGUCUCGUUGAGUAUGUGGAUCAGUUUACAAGAAGGGAGACGAAAUCAAGAAUUUAAAAAAGUACCGAAAUGGAAAAAAUAUUGGCGUGCAAUUCAAAAGAAAGAUAAGCCAGAGUUAUUAGAAAAACUUAACUGGGAACGACGUUACUUGCAACGGCUGAUGAUAAAAUUCAUGCGCAUCUUGGAGGGAGUGGACGACAACGAAGAAAUAGAUCCACAUGUCAUCAGAUACUGUGAGCGUUUUCUUGAGUUGAUGAUCGAUUUGGAAGCAUUGCUGCCAACGCGCCGUUUUUUCAACACCGUGAUGGAUGACUGCCAUCUCGUCGUGCGCUGUCAGAUGUCCGCUCUUGCGCAGAGGCCGGAAGGGCAACUUUUCUCACAGCUGCUCCAAAUGUUGAAGUUCUAUGCACGAUUUGAAAUCAAUGAUGAAACUGGUGAUCCAAUGGCAGAUCGUGACAUGACUCUUUUACAUUAUUCCAGAAUUACGUCAUUGCAGAAAGCGGCGUUCUCAAAAUUCCAAGAUUUACGUUUGUUUUCUUUGGCAAAUGUAGCCAGCGUCGACACCAGGGAUGCAUUGCAGAAACAUUUCGGCAAUUUGAGUGAUAAGGCUCUUCGGGCUAUAGCCACUUAUCUGAAUCUCAUUCCACCGGAAGGCAAAGAAGAUGAAGCUCCUUGGCACCGUCUCGAUAAAACCUUUCUUAAAGAAUUGCUGAUAUCCAGACACGAGCGCCGCAUAUCACAAUUGGAGGAGCUCAAUUCAAUGCCUUUAUAUCCGACUGAAGAAAUUAUAUGGGACGAGAAUGUCGUACCCACAGAGAUUUACAGUGGUGAAAACUGUCUCGCAUUACCAAAAUUAAACCUGCAGUUUCUGACCCUACAUGAUUACCUGCUUAGAAAUUUCAAUCUGUUCCGCCUGGAGAGUACAUAUGAAAUACGACAAGACAUUGAAGACGCAGUCUACAGACUGGCUCCAUGGCGAGCAGAAGACGAUAGCGUAUACUUCGGUGGUUGGGCGCGAAUGGCUCAUCCCAUUAAGAGUUUUGCCGUAGUGGAAGUUGCGAAACCUAAUAUCGGGGAAAAAGCACCGUCCAGAGUCCGUGCCGAUGUUACUGUUACUCUUAGCGUCCGAAAUGAGAUCAAACACGAAUGGGAAAGUCUAAGGAAGCACGAUGUUUGCUUUUUAAUUACUGUGAGACCAACACAGGGUAUAGGUACUAAAUAUGACUACAGAAAGAGUAUGGUAGAGCAAGCGGGCAUAGUAUAUGUCCGGGGAUGUGAAGUAGAGGGUAUGUUAGACGCGUCUGGCAGAGUCAUCGAAGAAGGCCCUGAACCGAGACCCGAAUUAGAAGGAGAUUCUAGAACCUUCCGACUAUUGCUGGACCCCAACCAGUAUAGACUCGAUUUGGACCGUGCUAGCAAAGGAAAUGAAGAUGUAUAUGAAACAUUUAACAUCGUUAUGCGACGAAAGCCAAAAGAAAACAAUUUUAAGGCCGUGCUGGAGACUAUAAGGGAAUUGAUGAAUACGGAAUGCGUUGUACCUGAAUGGCUGCACGAUAUCGUGCUUGGAUACGGUGAUCCGGGACAAGCUCAUUACACCAGAAUGCCAAAUGAAAUUGCAACUUUGGACUUUAACGACACCUUCCUGGAUAUGGAGCACUUGCGUAACAGCUUCCCGGGACAUGAAAUCAAGGUGCAGACUGACGAUCCACGUAAACUGAUCAGACCUUUCAAGUUAACUUUCGAGAACGUUGCACGCAAGCAGCAGCAAGAUGAGAAUGCGACGGAAGAAGACAAACAGCGCAAAGUGAUUAUCGUCGAACCGCACGUUAUGCCGAAGAGAGGCCCGUACUUGUACAACGAACCGAAAAAGAAUACAAUAUUAUUUACCCCAACGCAAGUGGAAGCUAUUAGAUCUGGUAUGCAGCCGGGUUUAACUCUGGUCGUGGGUCCGCCGGGAACAGGUAAAACGGACGUCGCCGUGCAAAUAAUAUCGAAUCUGUACCACAAUUUUCCCUGGCAACGUACAUUGGUGGUCACACACAGCAACCAAGCUCUGAAUCAAUUGUUCGAGAAAGUUGCCGAAUUGGAUGUUGAUGAACGACAUCUCCUACGUCUGGGUCAUGGAGAAGAAGCGUUGCAGACGGACAAGGACUUUUCUAGAUAUGGGCGCGUGAAUUACGUGCUGGCGAAAAGGCUGGAAUUACUGGAGCUGGUGGGGAAGCUGCAGAGGACCCUAGACGCGGGCGGAGAUGCGGGCGCCACGUGCGAGCUGGCGCACCACUUCCACGUGUACCACGUCAAGCCCCGGUGGCAGAACUUCACUGACAAAUGCACUAACGAUCAGACAAAAUCCGUGGAGACCAUAAGCAAGGAGUUUCCUUUCCACGAAUUCUUUGACGAUGCACCCAAACCACUUUUUCCCGGCAAGUCCUAUGAAGAGGACAUGGAGAUAGCUAAGAGCUGUUACAGAUAUAUCAACCACAUAUUUGAAGAAUUGGAAGAGUUUCGUGCUUUCGAGCUACUGCGUUCCGGUUUGGAUCGUUCGAAAUAUUUACUUGUAAAAGAAGCGAAAAUAAUAGCCAUGACAUGUACCCAUGCAGCGUUGAAACGAUCCGAACUCGUACAAAUGGGCUUCAAAUACGACAACAUCCUCAUGGAAGAGUCUGCUCAAAUCCUCGAAAUCGAAACGUUCAUACCGCUGCUGCUUCAAAAUCCACAAGAUGGCAGGUCUAGGCUCAAACGAUGGAUCAUGAUCGGAGAUCAUCACCAGCUUCCACCGGUGGUGAAGAACAUGGCCUUCCAGAAGUACUGCAACAUGGAACAAAGUCUCUUCACGAGGAUGGUCAGGCUGGGAGUGCCAUAUGUUGAACUGGAUGCUCAGGGUCGUGCGCGAUCAAGUAUCUGCAACUUGUACCGAUGGCGCUACCUGGCACUGGGUGACCUCGGCCAUGUGACUCGCCUACCGGAAUACCGCGGCGCAAACGCAGGCCUCCGCUACGACUUCCAGCUCGUCAACGUGGACGAUUUCAACGGAGUUGGGGAAACGGAGCCAAGUCCUUACUUCUAUCAGAACCUAGCGGAAGCGGAGUACGUGGUGGCGGUGUUCAUGUACAUGCGGCUUGUGGGGUGGCCGGCGGAGCGCAUCUCCAUCCUGACCACGUACAACGGGCAGAAACACCUCAUCCGGGACGUCAUCGACAAACGGUGCGCCGAAAACCCUCUCAUCGGACGACCACACAAGGUGACGACAGUGGACAAGUAUCAGGGCCAGCAGAACGACAUCGCGCUGAUAUCUCUGGUGCGCACGAAGGCGGUCGGCCACGUGCGCGACCUGCGCCGUCUGAUCGUCGCCGCGUCCAGGGCACGACUCGGGCUGUACAUAUUCGCCAGAGUAAAUCUGUUCAGGAAUUGUUUCGAACUGCAGCCCACUUUCAAUCAGUUGGUCGAGAGGCCGCUGCAAUUGGAGUUGGUGCCGGGCGAGCGGUAUCCGGCCCAGCGGCGCAACGAGGCACAAGUUCCCGACUCGCUGAUCCUACGCAUCACUGAUAUGCCGCAUAUGGCCCGAUACGUUUACGAUAUGUAUAUAGAGAAGGUUCGAGACUGCAGCAAGCAGUUUGAGAGCUCUCCGCGCGCGUGGGUGGCGCCGGGCUCGGAGCGCGCGGCGCGCUCGCAGCAGGCGCACGCGCUCGUGGCGGCGCACCCCGGCGCCGACGACGACGACGAGCCGCCCGCCUUCCGCCCCAUCGACAUCGUCAACGAACUCGACGACGACAACUGAACGCAACGCGCCCUGUACCACGAUACAUAUUCUCCAAUGGUUAGCUUCCCAGCUGUUAUUCAACUUCAAAUAACCAAUGUUUUUAGUCCAAACGUUUCUCAAUCGGUUUUGUGAUAUGAGGGUUUCCUAUAUUUGUAAAUGCACAAUAUUUAAUCUAAGCGGAUAACCUAAGUGAGGAAUUAUGAGAUACAAGGAAAAUUAGUGACAAAUAACCAAGGUCGUUUUAAAACAGUUUUAGUCCAACAGCAGCGGCGAUUUUCUUGUAAAGCACUCCUGAGAAUUAAUGUUUAAAUCCGGCCUUGGUUAAUGUUCGCUAUCACGUCUCGGAUCUGUAUUAUUAAUGACAUCAAAACAAUAAAAUAUUCAAAAAUAUA